CUUCCGGCGGAAGUGCACAUGUUGUUAUUUGUCCCGGCGUGAGUCUUUGUUUCGUCGAUAAUAAAUAGUGAUUUAUACAAUAUCUACACCAUGAGUGGAGGAGUGUAUGGAGGAGAUGAAGUUGGGGCAUUGGUUUUUGAUAUAGGCUCUUAUUCCGUCCGUGCUGGAUAUGCUGGAGAAGAUUCCCCAAAGGCAGAGAUACCCACACAUGUGGGGGUCAUUGAGGAUCUGGAGGCUGCCAUGGAAACAGAAGACAAAGAGAUUAAACAGGCCGAUAAGAAGUACUACAUUGACACCACUAUGCUGAAAGUGCCACGUAAAGGGAUGGAGAUCAGCAGCUUCCUCAAGGAUGGCAUGAUUGAUAAUUGGGAGAUUUUUGAAAAGGUGAUGGACUACACAUACUCUAAGAACAUCAAAUCUGAAGCUAACAUGCACCCUGUGAUGAUGUCAGAACCAGCAUGGAAUAGCCGAGGAAAAAGAGAAAGAUUAACAGAAAUCAUGUUUGAAACCUACAAUGUUCCUGCCUUUUUCUUGUGUAAAAAUGCAGUUCUCUCAGCAUUUGCAAAUGGAAGAUCUACAGGUCUGGUACUAGAUAGUGGGGCAACACACACAACAGCUGUCCCUGUUUACGACGGCUAUGUCAUAGGUCAAGCUAUUGUGAAAUCACCACUGGCUGGAGACUUUAUAUCACUGGAGUGCAAGAAACUCAUGGAGGAGUUAGAGAUUGACGUCAUACCCCCAUACAUGAUACAGGACAAGGAACCUGUAUCCAUAAUGGAAGAUGCCAUAUGGAAAAAGAAGGACACUCCCGAAGUUACCAAGUCUUUCCAUAACUACAUGGUCAAGGAUGUGUUACAAGAUUUUGCUGCCUCUGCACUUCAAGUGAUGGACACGCCAUAUGACAAUAGCACGGCUGAGACUAUGCCUACAGUCCUCUAUGAAUUCCCAAAUGGCUACAACCAAGACUUCGGAUCAGAGAAGUUCAAAUUAUCAGAAGGUCUCUUCGACCCCUCAGUGAUUAAGGACCUGCCGAGCGGAAACACAAUGUUAAGUGCGGGACAUGUUGUGACCACCAGUGUUGGCAUGUGUGACAUUGAUAUACGACCAAGUCUGUACAGUAGUGUGAUAGUCGUGGGAGGCAACAGUCUGAUUGCUGGGUUCACAGAACGACUAAACCGUGAUCUGGGGACCAAAACACCACCAAGCAUGAGAUUGAAGAUCAUAUCAGCCACAGGCACGGCCGAGAGGCGAUUCAGCAGUUGGAUUGGAGGAUCAAUCUUGGCGUCUUUGGGUUCGUUCCAGCAGAUGUGGAUAUCUAAGCAGGAGUAUGAAGAGGGAGGCCGCAGCUGUGUGGAACGCAAGUGUCCUUGAUAGCCAUGUCAAGGUCACAAUGGUUGUCUUGAUGUAAUGUGUCGCAGAAAUCAGAUUCAGAAACAUAAAAGAAAACUUUUCACUUUUCAACUGGAUUCUCUUUUGGUUUCUACAAUGUGUUCUAAGGAAAAUCAACUUGAUGAAGUGCUUUACAGAACAUUUUUUUUUUUGAAAUGAUGCAAUUUUAGAUACUGUUGAAAUAUUUCCAUGGUGCUAAAUUGUUAAGAUUGUGUUUGGAAAAUAUUUGUUUUUGCAGAUUGGAAACAUCCAAAACUCCAGUCAAUUUGUACCAUGGUAGUUCUCCCAUGUCCAAAGAUGUUGUUUUUUUUUGUUGUUUUUUUAAGUGGAAUUCAACAAACAAAAAAUGUUUGUGUUCAUAAAUUAAAGUGUUUUAUAGGGUGUAUAAAUUGCUUCUGGAAUCUCAUACUUUCCAUCUAGUGCUCUGUCUUUUAAGAAAAGAUGUGAAUGAUUUUUUGAUUUUUUUUCAUGAGUAAAUUCUCAAACAUUUAAACUAGAGUUCAGUAGUUCAGUAGGAACUGGAAUUUGCUGGGACCAGGAAAGUGUUUUCACUUACUUAUGGUUUGACAUGUAUUGGUACAUGUUACUUGAAUGUAGAACAAUGGUUUGACAUCUAGUGAUACAUGUUAAGUUACACGAAGAACAAUUAUUUGACAUGAAUUGAUAUUGAUAUGUGUUUGUUAGAAUAAUAGUGUAUCUGGUGUAUAGUAAUUAAUUAAAAAUCUCUCAAAAUGUGGAAAUUCAUCUGAACAGAUAGUUUCAUUACCAGGGAAUUGAUGCUUGCAUGGCACACUUUAGUUUCAAUCUUGCAAUCUUAUCAAUUCUAAUUAUCAUAAAUCACUGUUCAUAUAUCAAGUCUUCAAAGCAAAAAAGUAUAAUAAAUGGAAAAGAAAAAUUACCUCAACUACAGAAAUUCCAGUUAUUUGUGGGGAAUGUCUUAAUUUGUUAACUGAAGGGUAUAUGGGCCAUCUAACAUUUGUUUCUUUCCAAAAUAAGUGUGAUUGAUCUAAUACGUAGUGUAAUUUGUAAUCCAUGAGGUAAGAGUGAUAUCUUCUAAGAAUUCAAAAGAAUAUGUACUAUACAUUGAUUCUGAAAUUCUCAGGUAAUAUAAAAUUCAUAUUCAGGGGAGAUAAUCUUGUUCAGGGGAGAUAAUCCAUACAUCAGUUACAGGUAAAACGUUUAAGUUUAUUUAGUUUAAUGUUUCUUGAUGAUAGGAUAAGGAACUGCUUACUCCAAGUUGAUAGCUCCCUAACAACAGGGCCUUGGUGUAUUUAACCGUUGUUUACAAUAGACAUAAUCCUAUUUCUGUAACCUGUGUAUGUUAUGGUGUUAUAUGGCUUGUUUAUAUUCAUUGUGUUGAUGUAUAUUUGUUUGGUGUCUGAUACAUUAGAGUUGUAAAUAGAAUGAGAGAUAGGUGUGAGGAUGAGUAAGAUAGUAAGAAUGUAGAUCAUCACAGAUGUUUCAUUUCUUUUGUAAAAUAAAAAGUCAUCAAAGUCAAA